AUAGCGAACAAUGACGUAGAUAUAAAAUCACAGGAGUCAUAGAACUUAAUGAGAACAAUAAUGACUCAAAAAAUUAUCACGUAUUCAUUUAGUUGCUACUAGUGAAUUUAUCAUACGUUUCGAGUACGUUGAGGAACAGUUGGGAGAACGUUGAUAAAAGACAGGAACCAUUUAUAACACAGUUGAAACAAUAAAGCCUUACGAUUAAUGGCACGGAUUUUUCAUCGUUAGCAUAUAACGGAAUUUGCCAAUCGUCAUCCGUGUAACACAUUUCAUUACGCGUAAUGCAAGAAUGCAAACGUAUACGUAAAGAUAUCGCGAUGAUUCUUUCUUAGGAUAUACGUUCUUACCGGAGUUUCGUGCGACAGUAGAGAGAUACGAGUGUGUCCUCGUUAUCAGUGAACUUAGGAACACGCCCCGCGCUGUUGAAGUCAAACCGGCCGAACCCAACCCCCCUUGAUAUGUAUAGAACGUAAUGUGUCAUCUUUCACGUGUUUCCGUGAAUCUUUUAUAGAAAAAGUGAACCGUCGGAGGGUGUACGACACUGAUAGAUUUCAGACGGGACGCGAGAUUUUCGUAGCUUCUUUACAAGAUGUCGGGAACGUUGAAGCCUUAUCUGACAGCAGUGAGGCGAACUCUCACCGCCGCUAUGUGUCUUGAAAAUUUUUCAUCUCAAAUCGUCGAGAAGCACAAUAAACCCGAAGUCGAAGUGAGAGCGAGUAAGGAGCUCCUUCUUACUCCGAUAUUGAUAAGUAGAAACGACAAGGAGAAGGUGCUGAUCGAGUCCAGUAUAAACAGUAUGAGAAUAAGCAUCGCUGUGAAACAAGCAGAUGAUUUAGAAAAGAUUCUGUGUCAUAAUUUCACAAGAUUCAUGACAAUGAGAGCGGAACACUUUGUUAUUCUUAGGAGGAAGCCGAUAGAGGGUUACGACAUUAGUUUUUUAAUCACAAACAUCCACGUAGAACAAAUGUACAAACACAAAAUCGUAGACUUUAUCAUUCAUUUCAUGGAAGAGAUCGACAGAGAGAUCAGCGAAAUGAAAUUGUCGAUGAACGCUAGAGCUCGCAUAUGCGCGGAAGAAUUCUUAAAAAGGUUUUAAUUCCUGGGACAUGGUGUGUUACGAACAUAGCAAUAAUUGCAAAUUCCAGGUCACUAAAAGUAACAAUGCUCGUAAACUACGCUGGUUAAUAACAGUUAGAAAUACUUUUAGGAUAUCUUCCUAAAUUACUCUAAGCAGCCCUUUAUCCGAAUAACGAUCCCUGUUGUUCUCCGAUUACAAAAUCCAUUAAAUAACUUUCUCGAUCGAUCGACGUUAUCUCCAGCUGUGUAACGAAUAACAAGUCUGACGUACAUGUAAGUACAAAACGGUAUAUUAAUCGAAUGCGUAAUCGCGAAUGGUAGGAAAAGAUCGCAUCGAAGAGAGUGUAUUUCUUUCUUUCAAAGAAGGAAACGAAACGGUGAACUGGCAUCUGUUCAAAAAGCGUCGUUCUAAAACUAAUUUUAAUGUUCUUUAAAUCUGGGAUAUAAAUAUCGAACACGACGAAAUUGUGAAAACUACUUUACAAACUUUACAAGCGACGAGGAUAGUUGUUUCGUAGGAGGAAUCAGGUAGGCCUUUCGAGUUUUAGACUUUUUCAAUCUCGUAGUCGUCUUAUGAAUUUUUACAUAAUCAGUCCAUAGCGUACAUUUUUAUGGCAACUCACCAACGACGAAGUUGUUCGUAAACUGUAGAUACACAGACUGACGUUUGAGUGAUCUUUUCACGAGCGGACCUUCUUUUUACCAAGGUACUUGGGUGAUCCGUUGAACGAUACACUUAUAAUUUAAUGGUAACAUCGCGUACUUUUACAAAUAAGUGUAGCACAAUGGGAACGAAAAUAUAGCACGAUAGGAAAGUUUAUUUCGUCGGAUACCAGGGAAUUUUUAAGAGUCAUUCCUAAUCGCGAAGUUAUCGGUUAUAUCGAGCAUCGUUGACACUAGUAAUUAUAAAAGCAACUGACGUCCACCGUGACUGGAUACCGUAAUUUGUCGAACAACUGCCAAAACACUAUUUAGCAUAGCAAAACGAUCGAGGGACUGUUGUUACACUCGUCUCGAACGUUACGAUAACGCUAAGGAGCUAGGAGGUACAUUUUAUUGUAAUUACGAGGAAAGUUAUAUCUUUAUCGCCGUAUCGUAUAUUUAUAACGAACAAAGUAUCACGCGUUAACGAAUUUUCACUAAUUUCCAGCGAGAGUCGUGUUAGAACUCGAGGAGAACGCCGCGAUUGUUCUGUUUUCCAGUUUCGAUAGAUAGGUCGUGGUCACGUAUCUUUUAUUCUUGUACGUGUUUUCCCGUUUAGGCGGUCGAAGAUUGACAUUUGCUUUCUCGAAAAGCGUCUUUUCGAACGAACCGUGGGAACGAGUCGGUGGUGUAUGCGAAAAGCGUGCAAUUCCUUUUGCAUUUAUAAAAUUCUAUUUAUCUUACGAAUCAUUGUAACCAUACGAUUUAAUACUAAUGUAAAUAUAAAUAAACGAGAAGAAGCAUCGUCAA